AUGUCGUCGAUUCAUUUCUACGACGUCGGUCGGCUAAUUGAUGAAAAAGACAAUCAUCAAAGGAAACUGAUCAAUAAACAGUCGGUUUCAAUGGAUAAUCGAAUCAAUGUUCUUACAGAAACACAUCCAUCUGCACCAGAGAAUGUGACCGUUGUGGAUAUCGGUGAGGAUUGGGUUAAGGUUGAAUGGGCUGAACCGAGUGCAAACGCGCAUUUGGUUCAGUCAUUCUCUUUGUUCAUAAGGAAAGAUGAUCGCGACGCAAAAAUUAUUGAAGUACAAAACGUGACCUCACCGCACAUUGAGUAUGGUCUAGAGACAGAUACCGAAUACACGUUAUUCGUGCAAAGUCAUGGCGCUGCCGGGGACAGUCUCAUGUCCACAGCGCAAGUGUUUCUCACACAACCACUGCAGACAUCCAUAUGCACUCAUGGGCAACCACUGUUCCAUCCGAACGGAAAU